AAAAUAAUAUAGAUAUCUAAAAUUUAGGUAUAUAUAUAAAGUGUUUAUUGGUAUGUUCGUAAAACUCUUAAAAUGAGCAUAAGAAAAGUAAAUUCAAGUGCGAGGUAUCACAAACUUAACAAUUCUGAUGAAGAUUUUGUUGAUUCUCAGUUUCAAAGCUUGCCAACUACUUUUCCAACAAAAGCCGUUGCUUUAGCUAUAUUUUUAUUCAUACUUGGUACAAUAUUGCUUGUUAUUGGAUGUAUGCUACUUACUGGAUACAUUGAUGUCAUGUAUGCUGACAGAACAUGGCCAGUAGUUACACUUGGUGUUUUGCUGUUUAUUCCUGGCUUUUACCAUGUGCGAAUAGCAUUUUAUGCAUGGAGGGGAUAUAAAGGUUUUUCAUACAAUGACAUUCCUGAUUUUAAUUGAUUAUAGUUAAGUUACAAUAUGUUGAUAUGAUUGGUCUCUGCAUUAGAACUGCACUCUUUGCGAAUGAUUCCUGUAAGACUCAAUGUAUAUGUUCACUUUGUAAAACAACCAAUAUUGCAAUAGAUAAUUUUCAAAAAAAAAGAAAGAAUCUAAAAGUUUUAAAAAGAAAUUAUUCUUUAAAUGUUUA